GGGGAGAAGACACCUUUCACAUCCAAACCCCCUGGCCAGCUGAUGGACAACUGUCAUGCAAUCAGACCUCCCUGGGAUCAUCAGGACUCAGACCAGCUCCCCUCAAAUGGCACAAAAAUCCCGCAGCUGAAGCAGCCUUACUGAGGAUCUCAGCAGGAGGCACAGGGAGACAGGAACACUCACUGGAAGCUGCAGAGAGAGGUUGAGGAUGUUUGGGAUCUGUUCGGAGGAAGUGGCCAUGUCGCGAGUAACUCACCCACCCACCUUCCCAGUGAGCUUUCAGAUCCUGAGCCUUGUGCUGGUGUUGCUCUUCCAUACAGAUGGCAUACAUGCAGAGAGCCCCAGUGAACUGCCAGGGAAUGACACUGAGGAGUGUGCUGGCUCAUACAUCUGCAAAAAGGGUGUGAUUUUACCAAUAUGGGAACCGCAAGACCCCUCAUUUGGUGACAAAAUCGCUCGGGCAACGGUGUAUUUUGUAGCGAUGGUGUACAUGUUCCUGGGAGUGUCUAUCAUAGCUGACCGCUUCAUGUCCUCCAUCGAAGUCAUUACAUCCCAAGAGCGAGAAAUAACCAUCAAGAAGCCCAAUGGUGAAACCAGCAAAACCACUGUGAGGAUCUGGAACGAGACCGUUUCCAAUCUCACACUGAUGGCCUUGGGCUCGUCCGCCCCCGAGAUCCUCCUCUCUGUCAUCGAAGUGUGCGGCCACGGCUUCACAGCGGGGGACCUGGGGCCAAGCACGAUUGUGGGAAGUGCUGCCUUUAACAUGUUUGUCAUCAUUGCGAUAUGUGUGUACGUGGUUCCAGAUGGAGAGAUAAGGAAGAUCAAGCACUUGCGAGUGUUUUUUGUCACGGCGGCCUGGAGCAUCUUUGCCUACACUUGGCUUUACAUUAUUUUAUCUGUGUCUUCACCUGGGAUUGUGGAGGUUUGGGAAGGCUUGCUCACCUUCUUCUUCUUCCCCAUCUGUGUGGUGUUUGCCUGGAUAGCUGACAGGAGGCUUUUGUUUUACAAGUACGUCUACAAGAAAUACCGAGCUGGCAAGCAGAGAGGUAUGAUCAUAGAGCACGAGGGUGACCGGCCCUCCUCCAAAGCUGAUAUCGAGAUGGACGGAAAGGUUGCUAAUUCUCACGUGGAGAACUUUUUGGAUGGGACACUGGUGUUGGAAGUGGAUGAGAAAGACCAGGAUGAUGAGGAAGCCAGAAGGGAAAUGGCUCGGAUCCUGAAGGAGCUGAAACAAAAGCACCCAGACAAGGAAAUUGAACAGCUUAUAGAGUUGGCCAACUACCAGGUCCUGAGCCAGCAACAGAAGAGCAGGGCCUUUUACCGCAUCCAGGCCACUCGGCUCAUGACUGGAGCUGGCAACAUCUUGAAGAGACAUGCUGCAGACCAGGCCCGCAAAGCCGUCAGCAUGCACGAGGUCAACAGUGAGGUGACGGAAAAUGAUCCCAUCAGCAAGCUCUAUUUUGAGCAGGGUACCUACCAGUGUUUGGAGAACUGUGGCACUGUGGCCCUGACCAUCAUUCGCCGGGGAGGCGACUUGACCAACACUGUGUACGUUGACUUCCGGACAGAGGACGGGACGGCUAAUGCCGGCUCCGACUAUGAGUUCACUGAAGGGACAGUGGUCUUCAAGCCUGGAGAGACCCAGAAGGAAAUCCGUGUUGGCAUAAUCGAUGAUGACAUAUUUGAGGAGGAUGAGAACUUCCUGGUACAUCUCAGCAACGUCCGUGUGAGCACUGAGCCCUCGGAUGAGGGCGUUCAUGAGGCCAGUCGUGUCUCAACACUUGCCUGCUUGGGAUCACCAUCUACUGCCACUGUCACCAUUUUUGACGAUGACCACGCAGGUAUCUUCACCUUUGAGGAGCCAGUAACUCACAUCAGUGAAAGUGUAGGAACCAUGGAAGUGAAAGUGUUGCGAACCUCUGGUGCACGAGGAAAUGUUAUUGUGCCCUACAAAACCAUUGAAGGCUCAGCCAAAGGUGGAGGAGAGGACUUCGAAGACACCUGUGGGGAGCUGGAGUUCCAAAACGAUGAGAUAGUCAAAACGAUAUCAAUCAAGGUGAUAGAUGAUGAGGAGUAUGAGAAAAACAAGACCUUCUACCUAGAGAUCGGGGAGCCCCGGCUGGUGGAGAUGAGUGAGAAGAAAGGUGGCUUCACCAUCACAGAGGAGAAUGAGGAAAAGCAGCCACUGACCAGCAAGGAGGAGGAGGAGCGUCGCAUCGCAGAGAUGGGGCGCCCAGUCCUGGGGGAGCACACCAAACUUGAAAUCAUCAUUGAGGAAUCCUACGAGUUCAAGAACACAGUGGACAAGCUCAUUAAGAAGACAAACCUGGCCCUGGUGGUUGGCACAAACAGCUGGAGGGAGCAGUUUAUUGAGGCUAUUACUGUCAGCGCGGGGGAAGAUGACGACGACGAUGAAUGUGGGGAGGAGAAGCUGCCCUCCUGCUUUGACUAUGUGAUGCACUUUCUGACCGUCUUCUGGAAGGUCCUUUUUGCCUUCGUGCCCCCGACAGACUACUGGAAUGGCUGGGCUUGCUUUGUUGUCUCCAUCCUCAUGAUCGGCCUCCUGACAGCUUUCAUUGGAGACCUGGCAUCCCACUUUGGCUGCACCAUCGGUCUGAAGGACUCGGUCACCGCCGUUGUAUUUGUCGCACUGGGGACAUCGGUGCCAGACACAUUUGCCAGCAAAGUAGCAGCAACACAGGACCAGUAUGCAGACGCCUCCAUCGGGAAUGUCACCGGGAGCAAUGCUGUGAACGUUUUCCUGGGAAUUGGGGUAGCCUGGUCCAUCGCAGCCAUCUACCAUGCGGCGCACGGACAAGCCUUCCAAGUCUCACCUGGCACACUGGCCUUCUCCGUCACCCUCUUCACCAUUUUUGCUUUUAUCAGUGUGGGCGUGCUGCUCUACCGGCGGAGACCCGAGAUUGGAGGUGAGCUGGGCGGGCCGCGGACUUCCAAGCUGCUCACAUCCUCACUCUUUAUCCUCCUCUGGCUCUUGUACAUAUUCUUCUCAUCUCUGGAAGCCUACUGCCACAUAAAGGGCUUCUAAAGGGACAAUAAGAGAUAGUAAAUAUAUGUAUAUCUAUAUAUAUCUAUAUAGAGUGAUAUAUAGGUAUAGAUAUAGAUAUAAUGCUGUGUAUAAUGAACAGAGAAAAAGAAUAAAAGAGAUUUGCCAUGUUCACACACCUGCUGAUGGAAAGCGGCUUUGGAGCAUCCUUUGAACUAGGCAGGACCCCAAAGCCAGCAGGACCCCUCCCCAGGCAGUGGCCCAAGCCAGGAGCCAGGCAGCAGGGCCCUUUCUGCGACUCUACCAACAGGAGCAGCUGAUGGCCACCGAGCCCCUUUCCACCGCUGACUCCCACCCGCCAGCCACCUGGGAAGAUGGAUAUGAAGGUGACCGGGGCGCGUCGGUAUGAGGAAGGCCAGGGUAGCUGGUGAGAAACAGAGCAGUGGGCAAGGGAAGGAGAGGAAAGCAAGGGUUCUGAUCUCCAACCGCCAUCCACCUGCCUUCGCCACUCGGGAACAUCCCCUCUGGCCCUGUUGGAGAGAAGCAAGAGACCAAACUGAAGGCAAAGGGGAAACUGGGAGCUUUCUAAGGAUAGAACACAAACCGUUUUCGUCAUUGAUUUGGGGUUGGUUUUUUUGUUUUGUUUUGGCGUGUGUACAACUAGCAUUUCCCACCCACAUGCCCCUCACCUUUCCCUCUCCAUGCUUUGGGGAUGCACAGCCGCAACCCCACGUCCAGUGUCCUAAGCCGAGGCUGCGUGGGGCGGCGGGGGCUUUCCUCCCGCUUCCUUCGCCUCCUCGGGCAUGCUGUCGUGGUACUUGUAACAUUUGCAUGAAUGAAAUGAAAUCUAUCUGUAUAUAGCAACCUAUAGCGAUAGUCCUUCCAACCAUGUGGGUUGAGCAUUGCAGAUACAAGCGUUUUUCUUUUCACUGGGUUUUAUUUAUUUUUAGUUAGUUUGGUUUUACCAUAGGGUUUUUUGCUUGUUUGUUUGUUUGUUUCCUCUUAGCAGGGGGUAAAAGGAUGGAAAGCUGUCCCCACUUAUUGCUUGUUGCAUGGGUCCGUGAGAAGCAAUAACAGCCAUGCAGAUGUAGGUUUUCAGGGGAGGAAAACCCACACCCCAGAGACUGCAGACUCUGUCUACCUGUGUGGCUGGGGUCCUCUGACAUGCUGAAGCCAGUGUGAAGGGUUCCACUAUCCACACAAGGUUUUACACAAGGUCCCAGGGAGCCCGAGUGGGAUGAGCAGUCCAAGGGGGACAAGCGUGGCUGACUCCCAGCAUCUCCCAUGCUUCUGCCUUUAUAGUCGGUGGCUGCCUCAAAACCCCUUGGUCCCCUGCUAUUCCCUGUAUCCCCAGAGGUCUAGUGACAGCCCCUGUUUCUGAGUGUUAAGCCAUCAGGAUCAGUCCCCAAAGCUGGUCCUUUCCCACAGCCAUUUGGAGGCAGAGUAAUUCAACAUAAGGGCUGAAGGGCCAUAAAGAGAUCUCCCACUCUGCUGAGUGCAACCGGGAAGCAUCCCCUAUAGGAAAAGGCCACACUUUGCACUCUCUGAAUCCAAAAUUGCUGGGGAGGAUGAGACAGGGAGGUGUAACUCAGCAUCACCCCCCAUGCUAGUAGUGCAGGUUGGGGUAGAGAGCUGAGCCAGGGAAGUGUGGGUGUAGAGCUCCCCAGGGCACAGCAGAAAGGAGACAUUGUGCACUGGUGUUGAGAGAUGUCUUCUUACCCUAUGCCCUUUGCCAGGCUUCCUCACAUUCCAGCCAGGCAAACUCCCAGCCUGCAUGUCCGUGGUGAGCUCUUCCCAUUCAGCUGAAAACCAUGUCUGAUGCUUGUACCAUAACCAGCUGGCUGGGGGUAUUUGUACUCAUUUUGAACUAUCUGUGGAAAUUUUAAUGAAUCUGCUGUAAGAUUUUCUCUAGGAAUAUGAAAUUGUGGGGUUUUUUUUCUCGAGCCUUUAUUUUUUCACUUUUGGUUGGGUUAGGGGUUUUUCUUUUUGUUUUUCAUUGUUUUGGGGGAAGAAUCAAACACAGGUGCAGGUUGUUCAGGUUUAUGAUUACCUUUAUGUACAAUGAUUUCAUUUUCAUCUGUUUGGCUUCAUUUUUUUAGUUUGUGUGUAUUGCCCACCACUAUAGGCAGUGAGUCCACUAAUUGUGAUGAUCCUUAUCAAUGGUACACAAUGCACAGAGAAAUAAAGUUUGUAAUGAUUCCUGAUGGACCCAGUACUGCUCCUGCAUAUUCUCUAUGGAAAACCCUUCUCUCCCCUCCAAUUGUUUUCCCCUUUGUACCCAUCUCUCCUUUACUCAUUGGUUUGCCUUCACCAUGUUUCUGCCACUGACAGGGGUAGUGGUGCUUUGCACACCCUCUCCUGCCCCAUCUCACACCUUUCCUCCUGCUCCAUCUCCAUGGUGCCUCAGGCUCGGUAUGCUGCCAUACAGCUGGGGCUCACAGCCCGCUCCACCCUCAGGGGGAUGCAGGAAACCACCCAGGGACAAAGCUGCAGUGCAACCCACCCUUCUGGGUUCAGGAGUUGCUCCUGUGCUGGGUCUCUCGUCAGUGCUGGCUUGCCCUAGGCUUGAGGACAGCCGUGCCUGUGCCCCCAGGGUACUUAGCAGCUCUUUCUGGUUGUGUCUUCUAGUUACAUGGAGCUGCUCAUGCUGUUGCUACAGCCUCACAGUGACUUGCUCUAGGUUAAGCCACAAGCUAAUUAUAAGGGAGGGUGCAUUACCAGGGCAGGGUGCAUGGGUGCCAAAGCAGAUCUGAGACACCCCAUGAGGUCACCAAGUACAUCUGGAGGUUGAGCUGCUCUCAACAGCUGCUUUUGACUAUGCCCCUGUCCAGGAGUCAUGGGCCAUUUCAGACCCAGCUCAGCCAGCACUGAGGAGGAGAAAAGCCUCUGCAUGCCCGGGGAUGUUGCUCCUCCCUGUGUUUCAGGCAGCCUCUGUUGAGUUGUCCCCAAAUAAACCCUCCCCAGGUCCUGCUCUGGCAGCUGAACUCCAACACCAGCUCAACCCAGGUCUGGAGAUGGGUCCCAGGCAAGCACUGCCUUCAUCCAGUGGGGCUCUCCUUGAGCCUCCUGGUGGGGUGUGUGUGCUCCCAGGGUCCUGCCCAUGCUCCUGCCUGUCUGCCAAGCAAGGUCAGGAUGGAGCCGCACAGCUGGUCAGGAUGGCACCAACAGCAGUGUCUGACUGUCAAACUCCAGGCUAGAAACGUGCCACCAGGCAAAAAGAGAAAGGGUAGGAUGUGGCUGAUUUUAUUGCAGCAUGUCUAUGUCUGUAGAGGCCCAGAGGCACUAGAAUUCCCACUUGCCAAUGCAAGGGGAUGUGUGGCAGAGCAAGUAACUAACACACCUGGCAGCCAAAGGAUCUAACAUGAUCCCUGUGCUGCUCUCAGACGAAUCUGGCCCUUCCCCACACCCUGUGCUGCUUUUGGCCAACCAUGCUGCCACUUCACUCUCCCUGUGGGUGCUCAGCACCCUCCCGGAUGAGUGUGAGUCAAACUCCUACACUCCCCAGGCCAGCAGUGAGCAUGGCCAGUCACGUUUAUGUGCUUUUCACAGGCAGUGGAUUGUGAAAGCAAAGCAGCUCUUCUGACCCAGUAAUUGCUUCUAUUGAAAGGUGAUGUUGGUAUUUUGCUCUCAUCAUUUGCUUCUUCAGAAUGAAUUGUAGUCACUAAAGUAAUUAUCCAGCCAAAUGGGACUUGCGUAGCCACUCAGGUUAACAGACAGUAAAUAACUGUUUGCUCACAGAGCUUUCCAAAGGAAAUGAUGGAGCAGUGCUUGCUUAGGGCAAGGCUUAAAUCACAGGGUAAACACCAGCCCUGUUUAUGCAAUUACUCCCUGCCAGCUGUGUGCUUUUUGGCAUCCUCAACGAGGUUGUGCACAGCGCGAUGUGUGUGUGCCCAGUGCUCAUGGAGGAGUCAUGGGUGAGCAGCAAGGGGAAGAACCGCUCCACUGAGCCCUAGACACCGGCCAGUGUUCCCAAGGGUGCCAUGCCUGCUCUUCUGCACCAGCCCUCUCUUUAAACUAUACUCUCCGAAGGCAAAAGCAAACUGCCUUCCUCCAGAAGACACCUGCACUGGCUGGCACACUGCUGGGAGGCAGCAGGAGGAAGCACAGUCCCCAGCACAGGCACGUCUUGCUGUUGUGCCUGCCUGCCUGCCCAGUGGGCCACAGCUCAGCUCCCCGGGUCCCCUGUCUCAUGCCAGUGUUCUCCCAUCUCCUCUUCAUUCCUGCCAGCCUCCCCACCCUCCCUCACAAGGGAAGGAUGUGGAGUAUCUCUGAUAAAGGCCUGGGUUCAGAAAUGUUGCCAGAAACAGCAGUUUAAACUCUUGGCCUCCAUCCAUCUACCUGCCCUGUUUGCUCUCACUGCCUUUCAUCACCCCACUAGCCAAAGGCAAACUUUUCCACAGAAAAGGAUGCAGCAUGGUGCAAAGGACAUUCAGAGGCAGACACCCAAAUAACUCCACAGGCCACUGCAAAGCACUUGGGGACAAGCAGAAGGAACACACCAGAGACAGCCCUAAGCAUCUUGGAAAAACCACAUUCCCAGCUCUUCAGGGGUCAGCAGGAGUGGAGGCAAAUCCCAGCCACAAACUGAACACAUGAAAAAAGUGAAAAAAAAAAAGAGCUGCAAAUCAGCAGUGUCACAUGGCUGAGCCCACCCGAACUGCUACCUGUGCCAGGGCAGCACAGGAACCGCUCCCUCCAGAGAUGUGAAUCCCUCAUCUCCAAACAAGGCACCUGUCCAUGUGUCACCCCUUUCCAGGCAGCCUGUGGUGCCUCUGGGAUGAGGGACAAUCACAAGAGUCAUUUGUGCAUCUUCCUCUCCGCUCUCAUCGCUUCCUUAAACGACAAAAGGGAGAGGGGAGGCCUUGAGCCCGCUCUGGUCACGAGUCUGGCUGCAGUCUGUAAACUCAUCACGCUAUUUCUGCUACGGGCAGGGACUGGAGAACCAGAGCCCGUAUGUUAUUGUUACAGCUAUUUUUAAAUGCUUGGGUAAGAGUCAAGUGCAACAGUAUUGGUGGUCAUAUUCAUAACUCAGGAGGAGACUCAGCUACAUUCCUGGAGGGACAGAGCUGGACAUAGCCAGAAGGCAAUGGAGAGAGAGAAAACAGGGAAAUCUUAAUGCUGGAUGGUGUCAUUCCAGGAGAAAGCCUUGAAUUUUUUUCUGUAGGCUUUGGCACUCAAGCCCACUUGGGGAAGCACGUUUGCAGAGCACCAGGGACCUUUCUGGCCUCUCUUAGUGUGCAAUGACCAACUACUAUGAUGCUUAUACACACGAGCUGCACAGCUGUAGAAAAGCCUGUUUAUCUUGUAAAAAAAUUGACUUGCAUAGGAAAGCAUCCAGAGACAUCUGUAUUCUUGCAAAAAGCACCAAGGGACAAUAAAUACAGUGAGAUUCCUCACCUUUUAUGGACUUGAGCCUUUCUGCUUUUGGAACUAGAGGUGCCAAGAGCCUCUCGCCAGACAGCAACACCCCUCACGCAGAGGGAAGGGACACUGCAAGGGAAAGGAAUCUGUCUGGCCAAACAGGAGCUGUUAUCAGCAAAGACAGAAGCUUGCUGCUACUAGAAGGAUUUUCUGCCUGUGGUAUGCCCCUGAGAGCAUCCAAGAAGUCUCCAUAGGCUCUUGCUGUCCGUCUGGAGCAUCUCAAGAACAACCAGCCCUGCCCUCUGAGGCCCAGUGUCCUCAGGCUGGUUUACCGCCCUCUCCUGCAGGCUCUGCACCCUCCCUUGGCUCCUUCCCCCUUCCCAAAGUUGGAUGCCAGGCUGUGGCUCCCCUCACUAGAAGUGUGGAAGAGGGCACUGUGGUGCCUACUGUUCCCAAAGCAGGUGCUGUGGAGCACUGCUGAGCGGUGGAGCUGUGUGCUGCUGGUGGGGUGCCCAGCGUUAGAGGGCACAGGGAGGGGAGAAGUGCUGUGGGGUCCCACACAGAUCUGGAAACCUUGUUUUAGGCACUGCCACAGCAUGUCCCUCUGCCCCAGCUACCAUGGGUAUGGACAUGCAUCUUGAUUUCUGCACAGAUACAGCACAGCCUUUAGCUUUUUUGGCUGCCUGUGGGCACCAACCCCAGACAGUACUUUUAUCUGUUUGAUUCAAAACAGCCCUUGGCCUGUUGAACUGCACUAGAAAAGCUUUCUGCCCCUCCCAGCACACAGCUCCACUCCAGUUCAGGUAGCAAUGGUGACCAUUUGUGAUGCUCCAGGAGCACAUGCCACCUGAUGCUGGGGUCCUCCAGCAUCUGCCUUGAGCCAUCUCCAGGUUCCAAAAUGACUGUCUGUACACAGUGAUAAUCCAGCCUGGCCUUGCUUUGUGCUUGCCUGGCCUUGCUCUGUGCUUGCCUCCCCUGUAGAGUCUCUUCACAUGCCAUCUUCUUCCAGGCUCCCUGCAGAGAAGCAGUCUCUCUGUCCCUCCUGCCCCACAGCUGGGGGCUUCCUGUGUUGAGACAAGUCUCCUUUCUCACUGGAACAAACAACAACACUUGUUAGCUCAGGCUUGCUGUCUGUGUCUCAGGACAAAGAUUAACCACCCCAUGUGGUGGACUUGAGCCCCUACAAACCAAGGAGCAAGGCAAACUUCCAUGCAGCAGAGGCAAAGCUCAGCAUGCUGAGCCCCUCCUGCUCAUCACCCAGGCAGGGUUACAGCCACUACCCACAGGCACAGUUUCUAUUGUGCCACUGUCUUUCAUUCAUGAGUCUGUGGAAGAUUAAACACUUUUUGCUGAAUUUCCACAGUUAUCAAGUCCUACAGAUGCUCCAGCUCCACCUCCCAACCCAACCCUGCCUCUACAUUCCAGAACAAACUAAUUGCUUUGACUGGAGUUACAAGACUUUCCUGCCCCUGCUUAAAAUGGGCACAGCUUAAGUAGAGCAAGUUGCAAUGGCUUGGGAUGUUUAUCCACUCUUAGAGCUCCUAAACCCUUGCAGGAUGUGGAAGACUGACACAGAGCUCUCUCCCUGCACCUCCUGACCUCUUUGUUGAGGUGGGAUUUAUUUCCUCUCCUUUACUUCUGACUCAGAAGAGACUCUUUACAGAUGAUAGCAGAGUGAGACCUCCAUACAGUUCAGCCUUGUUGCUCUGUUUUCUUGACAGAAAUUGCCAUUGCAGUCCAUGGCACUGUCAUCCCCAGAAGUGUGUGCCCUCUACCCCAGCCCACAGGCUCCUCACUUACAGAAAUCUGAGAUUCUGGCAGAUGAGCUUCUUUGCGGAGAUACUUCAAAAUGAGGAGAGUUUCUGAGUCACUGUAAAAUUGCUGUGCUGGCACAGGAUAGAUUGCAUCCUGGUGGUGCAAAUGUGUCUCAGGUUGCUAUCAAGCUUAUUUGGGAACAUUAAUGAAAGCAUUUGCAAACUAGUGGCUUUGUGACUCCCAGGGAUGUAGCGAACUGUGCAACUGGAUUUCCCCUUGCUCCGUGUAAUGCUGAGAUGUUUCCCUUGCCUCUUGCCUUCAGCUAUAGCCCUGUACAUUGCCCUGUCCUGUCCUUGCAAUAAAAGCUGUCAUUAGGUACCCCUUGGUUGAACUCCCCCUGUACAAACGAGAAUGAACAGAUGCCUGUUGUGUCUUCAUUCGUUUGCCCCAUGUUGCUUCCUUCAUCUUCCGAGCUCUUGAGAAAAACAUGCUCAUGCAGGGAGCCUUGCAGGAGACCUGCUUGUCUUGCUCUUAAUCAGGAAGCAUGCACUUCUUUCAGCAGCUCAAGAGAGCAAUAGAUGGCAAUAAUACCUCUUACAUUACAGUCACCAUGUUAGCAAGGAAGAAAAUGUUAUUUAUUUUUUCCCUGACAACAUUUGUCCUACUUCUUUUUUCCAUAAUGCAUUAAGCAUUAGGAGGCACAGCUCUGCACGUAGUCCAGCUCUCAAGACUACCUGUCGAGGACAUUGUUCAGCAACCCAGCACAGUUUUAUUUGUGGAUGAAGGGCAGAAGUUGGUGAAUUCUCCUACAAUCCCUAGCUGGAAGAACACAGACAUGCUAGUAAAACCCACAAAAUGCAAGAGUUUGGUAAAUUGCAGCCCUCUGUAUCCUGGGUCUCUGUGCCAAGGAAACCUGGCAUGAGGUUGUAAAAUCCAAACCAUGAACUUCCUGAAGACCACUCAGCAGUGAUGGGCAUCUUUACACCUACUGCUGUCCCUCAGCUACUUGGAGAGGUCUGUGGUAUACCUGGUGUUCACCAGGUGUGAACAACACCACUAAUAAAGAGAGAAGAGGACACGGAGGAUACCACAUUCUACCUCCCACCCCCAAAACAAGCCCCUGGGAUAUUCCCUGCAAAAAGCAGUCAGACUGCCAGGAGCAAAGCAGUCAUGGGGAAACGUCACACAUCUCAAAGGCGGCAGGUUCCCCACGGUACUCUCUCUCUGCUGCUCCCCACAUCGCUGCCAUGAGGGAAGAGCCACUCACAGCCCAGCACCGUGCAGGCAGAGCCAGAGGAGAGGCAUGAGCUCCCCAUGCUUGAUCAUGGGAGCAUCAGCCCUGGUUUCAGCCAGGGAGGCCUGCAAGGAGUGGCCAUGAUAUUUUGAAGGAGAGCAAAAUGAGAUGGGAAUUAGUAAAAAAAUUACAGUAGUGGUAAUUUAGAUCAAUUACUAAUUUUCUGCAUUAAUGAAGAGGUCCAAUUAUCUCAAUGCUUGAGUGACCACUCCAGUUCUCAAAAGUCAUUUCUGCACACUUGAACAACUGCUCCUCCUUCUAGAGUAAAAAUCAGGCUAUUGUUGUGAGCCUGGAGAGAACAUGGAAACACAUCUUUCCUGGCAGAGAUGUAAUCCAUGUCAGAAGCUUCUUCCACUGUCCCACUCAGGAGUGGAGGGACGCUCAGGCAGGGAGCUGGCAGCUGCCUGCACAGCCUGUCCCAGGGUUGCUGGACGCUCCCCAUGGUUGAGGCACCAAGGAUCCCCUGGAACAGCAGCAUGCAAGAGAGAAAGAGCUCGAAAUGGCUCUGGGCCUAAGAAGUGAGGGGAACAGCUGGUGGCUGGAUGCAUCCCAUGAGGCAAGGCAGGCAGCAGGCGAGUGGCCCUGCAGCACAGGUGACUCCCCCCACAGGCACCACAUGCCAGGGUGGGGACGGCACUGCCAAGGCAAGUUGUCUUCUGGUAUUUUGGAUGUGCUGGAGCACAUCAACGACAUGCUCCAGAUAUAAUGGCUCUAGCUUUCCUGCUCCCCUCUGACAGCCACCCCUGUCCCCCUGCUCAGCAGCCUGAGGGGAGCUCCCCAUCACCCCAGGAGCAGCAGGGGGGAGGCAGGCGGGGAGGAGGCUGCAACCACCCUUCCUGACGCACCCAAAGCACCAGUCAGCCCAGCCACAGUCAUCCUGUGUUACCCAUCAUCCUGUGUGUCCUCCACCUCACAGCCACAGGGCACUCUAGGGCAGACAGACAUCUUGUGCAAACCUUGACAGAGAGAGGGGGGGUGGGGAGGAGGUCUCUGACAGCCCAACUGGCCCCCUGGUCCCCCUGCCAGGGACAGGGCAGGCAGACCCCAGCUGGGCAGAGCCAAAUUUUUUCAAAGCAGGGCUGAAAGGAGAGUUUGCAGAAGAACUGGUUUGCCUGGUGACAGGAACCAGAGCACUGGUCAUAAAUUCAACUCCACCUUCCCUCUGCCACCUCUGCCGUGCUUGGUGCCACGAGCUAACACUGCCCCAGCAAUGCAGAGCCCCUGUGCUGGUGGGUCACAGCUGGGUCAUCCCUGGGCUCAGCAGCUGGAGCCUCCCAAUCUCUCUGUCUCUGUCAUAGUUCCUCACAAAUUCAAUGGCACAAUGCAGCUACACUAUAUGAAAAGCCAUAAUAUUUGUUGGUAUGACUCUUUUAUUACUGUCGAUUUAUAUAUAUAUUUGUUGAUAAAAGAAGUCAUCUUGGGAGACACUUCUAGUCUACUGGGAAAUAAUUGUCCAAUGUUGUAUAUUCUGUACAUGCUGUAUAAACAAAGCAAAACAUUUAAAUCUAAGUGUUUGUUGGACUCGGUGGCAUGUGCUGCAGAGGGAGACUGGGACCAGGCAAGCCCCCUUCUUGGGCCACCAUGGCUCAGGCUUGGGGUUCCUGGCAGAGUCACCAUCCUGCUGGGGUCCUAGAGACAGUCUGGGGCAGGAUCUGGCCACGGUGCAAGGGCGAAGCCUGCAGCUCCCUCGGUGCUUUUUCCCGUGCAAAGGUGAAAGGAGGCAACUCUGCGAGUGGAAGCUGCUGCACUUGAGCUCCCUCCUGGGGCACAGCACAGGACCGGGGAACGGCUUGGUUCCCCCCCAGGAACUCUCAGCACAGCAAGCCCGGUGUCACCCCCUGCUCCCCAGUUCUCCUGCCCAGGGAGGACACCCUUCAGCCACCACCCAGCACGACAUCUCUAAGCCUUAGGGGUCAGAGAGAGACGAUUCCCCAUGGGAAGAUGGCUGGUGAUGGCAGAGACUGGCUCCGAGUAUCCGGCUCCUCCAACUCCUUCCCACGCUAAUCCUGUGCCAGGGCGCCAGCCACCCUCCCUGGUGUGUUUCACAGCAGCCACGAGCUGUGAUCUUCUAACCUGACACACGCUGUUAGAAAACUUGUUUCAUAUUUUCCGUGGUAUCAAUCUACAACUUUUGAAAUUAUUGGACACAGUCGUGGUAGCCUAAAAGUUGUGCUGAGCUCAUAUAUUUUUAUAUUUGUGGUGUUUUCCUAUUAAUAGAGAGUAGUGAACCAGUAACCCUAUAGCUGAAAGUGAUCUAUUCAAAAUAAAUAUAUGACUGCAGAAAAUAUUUGUAAAAAUAAUUUAUUUGAAAUAUUCUGCCAAAGAUAGCUCUCUAAUGAUCUGUAAAAUGUCGUUUCUCUCUUUUUGCUCUGAAUGUCAUUGUGAAAGGACCUUUCUCCCCACAUCUUUUGAAGAUUUUUUUUUUUUGUAUCUUUAAGGGCAAAGAAAUAUGCCAAUGAUUUUUUUACUAGAGCAGUAAAUAGAGUAGUAGGGAGGCACAAGACAACUUUGUAAAGGUGAUAAAAAGGAUCCAUAACAAUCAUGCUGAAAAUCCGGUUUCUCCCAUAGUUACUCUGGCUGACAGAUGGGUUUUGAAGCCCGGGACAGUUGUCCAGCAGGAAGGUCUUGGCUGCUGCUGCUGUGGCUGCUCUGUAGAUUACCUGAAGGAGAGAAAUCUCUCAAGAAUCCAUUUGCAGGCUUGGGGCAUUUGGAUUCCCUCAUAUCCAAACUUCAGCUUCUUCAUUAUUUAUAUCCUUAUUGGCCCUCAACAGGCACAUGGGGAACCCUCACCCAAGGCUUCAGACUGACGAAGUCUGGCCCCUUCCAAAGCCAUUCCCACAACACACCUGGCAUCUGCCAGCAGCCUUGAACCAGUGGCAGAAGUAAUCCUGCUGAUGCCCAGAUCUGUCCCUUUCCUCACACGGGGAUGGGACAAGGGAGACCCAGCCACCACGGGACAUGACACCUUAGCAAGAGGAUCCAUCCCUGCAGGUAUCCAGUUAAAACAGAGGGAUGUACAGCCCUUCACCAGGGAGAAGCUGCCUAGAUUAGUCUUUUCAGAAAUUACUAAUUAUUUUUAUUGUAGAGAAAAAUCUUCUUUCUCUUCUUCAUUUCUUCCUUUUGAAAGAACUUUUCAAUACUAGAAAAAGCCUUCAUUAUCUUAUGUGAUCCCCAGGUCUGUUGCAGUGGAAAUACAUCCUCAGCCACAUUAGGCACCACCAUAUCAAAGAGAUUUUUGGCUCAGAUUUUUUUUGUUUCUGAGCAGAUUUACAGUUUCUUGAAUGUCUUGGUCAUAAAGGUCUGGAGGAAUUAGUCGGUCAUAAAGCAAUGAAAGGUCUGUUCCAGUGAAUGUGUUUCCACAUGCAAUUCAACUUCUGACUCCCCAAAGGUCAGGCACGUGUGUAAGUGCUUUACUGGGCAGGUGCCCAGAAUCAGAGAUGGGAAAAGCAGUUUCCAAGCCAUGGGGUGCGUAUGGGUGUGAUGGGAGCACUGCUGUCCAUCAGGUGUGGGUGGCACACUCUGCAGCAGUGGGAUCCACAUGCCAGUGAAUCUUUGUUCCUCUGUGCAAGGAACUCUCUGAAUCCGGGGUUGUGCAGCUGCUGCAUCACGGGGAAAUGCGAGGCAAGCCAGGGAAGACAAUAGUGAGAAGAAUUGGGUUUCUGAUCACUGUGCAUUUUGUUAAUUAGUGAAUUCAAAUAGUUUUAUUUUUACCAAAAACAGAUAAUCUUUAUUCCAGUAAAGACAACUGUUGACUUGAGAUAUAUAUAUAAAUAUAUAUAUAUAAUUUGAAUGGUUUAUAUCCUGUUGCUCUAACUACAUAAAAUGGAAACAUGUUGCAAGUUGUGUCAUUCCAAUGUACAAAAUAAAUUACUUUUCCCUGCAUGCUGCCUGGGUAUGUUGUGAUUUGAAUUAAGAGUUAUAUUUGAAUUGCCUUAUUCAAGAGGUUGUAUGUUACCUAACUGGGGAAUGACCUGGCACUGUUCAUCACAUUACAUUUGUACUUGAUGCUGUGUUAUGUCAAAUUCAGAUGAGUUGUCUGUCAUCUAUGUAUUUCGUGGGAGACCUUUUAUCUUGUUAAACUGUGAUAUGUAAACCUUCAUUGCCUGAAAUAGUCACAGUUGUAUAAAUCAGUGUCUUCAGCUGUUUUCCUAAUUUUAUCACAAUUCCUAACACAAAAUAUAGAUGUUUGUAAAUUCUCCA